GUAAGUCCAAAAUGACACACUUAGCUUUGAAUGAUUACAAUAGAGUACAUGCAGUAAAAAAAACAAUCAAGUUGUGAGUGCAAUGCUCCCUCCUGUGGUGUGGAGUGGUACAUGCAACAUGUUGGAACGUGGCGUCCUUAACAGGGUGUGCCUGCCGCCAGAGUUGCCUUGUUUUUUUUCUUUUUUUUUUUACUUGAAAGAGCUACAUUGCCCACAUCAUAUGCGGACACACCCACCCAUGCACACACACACAACAAACGAUCACAUCUGGAAGCAAUCGCCGGCAGUCUCUAUAUCGCCACAAAAUCCCCCUCCCACUCCUAAAGAAAGGGGUGGAGUCACCAUGGCUUCUUUUGCAUUACUUUAAUUACUGACUAGACUGAAGUAGAUGCAUUUUACAUGAUACAACCACAAAGUUUCAAUCCUACAUUUUUACAUCUUUCUAUUGUAAAUGUUAAGGGUUUUUGUCCAAAUAAAAUAUAGUUUUGAUCCGAAUAUAAGACGACCUGUUUUUGGAAAAAUUAUUUUAAGACAGGCGUGAGUGACCGGAAGAAAAGCUUUGACUUGCUCGGGGAGAAGUUGGUUGCCAUCACCUGUAAAUCUCUCGAGCUCGAAUAUAAGACGAUGCAUCUGUUUGCAUGGGAAAGGAUCUGUUUUAUAUUCGGGUCAAUAUGGUAGUUACCGUAUAUUGGACUUAUAUUGGGGAUUGUGCUGAGAACGCAAGUGCCAAUAUCAGUUUCUUUCACUUUGAUGACACUCAAGAGUUUCUUAUAAACUGAUCCUUAUUGGAAUCUGAUUGGCAUGAUGAUUUCCUUUUUGUGGUAUAUUUAGUGUACAGUACCAUAAAUAAGUGGAGGAUGCACUGUGGUCUUCGACAGCCGUGCUUUUGUUGUUUUUGUAUGGAAGUUAGGCUCCAAUCCUAUUUGUAUUGUUCAGUUUUUGUCUUGUGACUCAACUUGUCCUUUUCCAAUUAGGUAUUUAAGUUGGGAUGCACCUGACAAAGAGGUUGAUUGUGAUCAUUGUUAUUGCUGCACGUCCAUACCUGCUGCCCGAGAUGUUAGGGUUUGUUGACACCCGCCAGGGCCUCUCUCUUUCUGCUCUGCUCAGACAGGUUCUCUCACUUUUCAGCACAGUGGCUCAGUCUGAGGAAGGCUUGACAUUUUUAGCUGACUGCUGUUGACACCGAGGGGGGAAGGAGGCAGAUGUGAAAUGAAUGAAGCUCUUUUAGUCCCUUUCUCCCCGCGUCAUCCCUCCCUGGUUUCCUCCCACAAAUUGGCACCUCUGGCCCUGCUCGCCUCGCUUUCUGUUUUCCCUGCGUGCAUGUGGAUUCCUGCGUACCUGUCUCAACAAGGGCAGACGCAGCGCUCUAGGGCACAGGAAAAGAAGUCAAAGAAGAGCACAUUGUAACAGGGAAGUCGAGAGGGUUUUUUUGUUGUUUUUUUUCUUGUAUCGCUGGAGUAUUCUGUAACUUUGGGAGAGCAGUGGUGGACACGUUGGCCGCCGUAGCUUUGGUGUAGUUUUAGGAUGGAUGCCAUCAUGCUGCAGGAAAAACUGGUUGAAAGGCUGCUGUGCCCACGAGUGAGAAUGGCCAGACAGAAGGAGAAGCAGUAUGUGGGCUUCGCAACUCUGCCCAACCAAGUCCACAGGAAGUCGGUGAAGAAAGGCUUCGACUUCACUCUCAUGGUGGCAGGCGAGUCGGGCAUGGGCAAAUCCACAUUGGUCAACAGCUUGUUCCUCACAGACCUCUACAAGGACAGGAAGCUGCUGAAUGCUGAGGAGCGCAUCAACCAGACAGUGGAGAUCAUCAAACACACGGUUGACAUUGAGGAGAAAGGAGUCAAGCUCAAGCUCACCAUCGUGGACACGCCGGGCUUUGGAGACGCCGUCAACAACAAUGAGUGCUGGAGGGCCAUCACAGACUACAUUGAUCAGCAGUUUGAGCAGUACUUCCGGGAUGAGAGCGGCCUCAACAGGAAGAACAUCCAGGACAAUCGUGUCCACUGCUGCCUCUACUUCAUCCCGCCAUUUGGUCACGGGUUGCGUCCAGUGGAUGUUGAGUUCAUGAAAGCCCUGCAUGAAAAGGUGAACAUCAUCCCGCUCAUUGCCAAAGCAGACUGCCUUACUCCCAGCGAGAUAAAGAAGCUGAAGGACCGAAUACGAGAGGAAAUAGACAAGUUUGGCAUCAAAGUCUACCAGUUCCCUGAAUGUGACUCUGAUGAGGAUGAAGAGUUUAAACAGUUGGACAAAGAGCUAAAGGAGUGCACCCCCUUUGCCGUGAUUGGCAGCAACACAGUGGUGGAGGCUCGAGGGCAGCGAGUGCGAGGGCGACUUUACCCUUGGGGCAUCGUUGAAGUGGAGAACCAGUCCCACUGUGACUUUGUCAAGCUGAGAAACAUGCUGAUCCGCUCGCACAUGCACGACCUCAAAGACGUGACCUGCGACGUGCAUUAUGAAAACUACAGAGCGCAGUGCAUACAGGAGAUGACCAGUAAACUGUCUCAGGACAACCGUAUGGAGAGUCCCAUUCCCAUCCUGCCGUUGUCUACCCCGGAUGUGGACACAGAAAAACUGAUAAAAAUGAAAGAUGAGGAGUUGAAGAGGAUGCAGGAGAUGCUGACUAAGAUGCAGCAGCAGAUGCAUGAGAAAGACUAGUGUUUGGCUGUGCUCCAGCGCUACCUGCUGUCCCCUUGAACAACAACUUCAGACAUUGAACGCAACACAACAUUGUUUUUUGACUGGCUGUACAUUUGUCUUUAUUGAGUUUGGUGCUUUUGUACAGGUCAUCUGCCUUUUUCGUUUGCUUUUUGUUUCCCCACCUCUCCCGAGCUGUGGUUUAACAUAAUUCUCGUGUAUGAUAAAUGCCUAAUUUAAAUCAUGAAUCAGUGUAACUAAUUUAUAAAAACAAUGCUAGCCUUUACGGAUAUUUUGUCAGGGUAUUUGCAAAAUGUUUUUCUUGGUGACAUUUGAAUUUUUUAUUCUGUGAAAGUGUGUGAGAGUGUGAGUGUGUGUGUGUGAGUGAGUGUGAGUGAGCCAUUAAUCUCUUCUUGUGUCCAUACCUUUCUUAUUUGUCUUUGCACAUCAGAUGUUCAUAAACUUUUAUUUGAAUCAUGUCAAAAAACUCUUUAGUCAGCUUUUUUUUUAGCUGAGCUAAAGAUGCACUUAUUGCCAGAGGCGAUAACUGUGAACGCACAUAAUAAUAAUAAUUAUUAUUAUGAUGAGAGGUUGCUUGUGUAAGCAUGCUGCCGCUACUCGUAUGUGCUGGUUACUCUUUACUGCUUCACAGAUAACUUUUUUUUAUUUUUAUUUUUUUGCAGUGUUGAUGCUUCUGUUUUUUUUUUAAUCCUUGAAAGCGUGUUACUGAAUUCUGCCCAUGAAGAAGAACAGUGCGAGUGAGUGAAAAUAAAGGAAAACGUGCAUCUUCUGUCCAGUAUGACAAAUAAAUAUGUUUUUCGUCAUUCUGUGCAUUGUUAUUGUGAAGAAUAUGGGAAUUGUGCAUCUUUUCCACUUGUCGGAGUUGCUGCUGCUUGGAAACUACAGUGUGUUCUGAAUCAGUUAUCUCCAAUAGCCAUUCUUCCUCUGCAGGGUACAUCAUCCUGUAUCUACACGUU